UCGAAGAAGCUGAGAAACCGUCUCGUUGUGUAGUGACCUCUCGCCUUUAUGCUCAAGUCGUCGCCGCUCCCGCUGCCACUCCCCUACCCAUACCUGUGAAAGCCAGAGUUUCCCGUCAUCGACAGCAAGGGAACCGUCGCCAGCUUCUCACUGAGGCCCAGCUGAGGUUGUGCUCCUAUUCGAUGCCGCCCUCAUCGAAGACGGUACGAAGUGGACUCAGCAUACUGACGGAACCUGCUACGUCUAGGCCGCCUCCGCGCGGGUGAAUGGAAAGUGUUGAAACAAAUGGCAUGCUGGAGUCACCCGGUCGAUAUCAGCUACUUGCUCGUCAAAACCAUUGUUUUGCCACCCAUCCAAGGCCUAGAUGACACUGGGGACUUGCCGCAUCCCCAAUAUGGGAGCCGGCUCGUUGACCUCAUGGCUGGCUCUGCGUUGAACCGGUUUCUCGAUGCACUGGACAUUCACCCCGGGAUCCGGUCAUACUAUACCUUGCACAGAGUGUCGGUCCACGAUUUCGGUGCGGGUUACGAGCUGAUUCAUGAUGGCAACGGUGUAGAGCAACAAGAUCCUUUGCAUGUAAUCAACUGUAGCGUCUGGGAGUCGAUCCACGGUGGCUGGCAUGUCCACAAUCAGAGAGCGUUGCGCUGGUUUGAUACAUGCUGGGAUGCGUCGAACCGUCCGCCCUCCUCCGAUGUCUUACUUUGGGAAUCUGACGACACCGAUCCCGCUUUGUUGGCGACUGCCGCGGAAGCACAGCAAUGGCGAGACCAUAACCCGCGAUCGAAUGCCCUACACCGAUUCUUGGACAGGCGGCGCGCUGCGCUGUGUCAAAAUUUGGCUAAACAAGGGUUCACUGAGCUUCUGUAUGUGCAGGCAGGGAGGUUGUUGCUCUGUGACGAGUUGCUCAGGAACUACGGGUUCCACCGAAGCAGAGGCCCUAUCUUUGACUAUGUGCUCGCGAGACAUCCCACGGAUGAGACCAGGCCUCUGAUGGGAUGGGUGAUACUGCGUUCACCUGUGGAUUAUGACUGAAGACUUGGGCCUUCUGAUCCUGCUAUCCGUGCAUUCUAAUAUUGACUUGAAUGAUAGAUUGUGAUGAUUCCUUGAACGGGAACCGACUUGGUGUAUGUGGAGCCCAUAUGUGGUGCAUG